AUGUGGCGGCGGGGCGCGGCCUGGGCGCGGGGCUACCGGAGUGCGGGCGGCGCUGCCCCCGGGCCCUCGGCGGGCGGGAUCGGGCCCCGCGCCCCGCCCGGGCCCCGCGGCACUGCCGGCCAUAAACUUCUGAUAAAGAAAGAUGAUAGAAAGAGAGUUAUAUGCAUCGAGGGGAACAUUGCAAGUGGGAAAACAACGUGCCUGGAUUAUUUUGCACAAACUACCAGCAUUGAGGUUUUGAAAGAACCUUUGAUGAAGUGGAGGAACGUUCGUGGUCAUAAUAUCCUGGGUUUAAUGUACCAAGAUGCUUCCAGAUGGGGGAUAACGUUACAGACUUAUGUCCAGCUGACCAUGUUGGAGCAGCACACCAGACCAAUGACUUCUCCAGUCCGAAUGAUGGAGAGAUCAAUUCACAGUGCAAAACACAUCUUUGUGGAAAAUUUGUACAGAAGUGGAAAAAUGCCAGAGGUGGAUUAUGCUGUGCUAAGUGAAUGGUUUGACUGGAUCAAGAACAACAUCGAUGUUUCAGUGGAUUUAAUAGUUUAUCUGCAGACAUCUCCUAAAGUUUGUUAUGAGAGGUUAAAAACACGAUGCAGAGAAGAAGAAAAGAUCAUUCCUCUGGAAUAUUUAGAAGCUAUUCAUGAGCUCUAUGAAGAAUGGCUCAUUAAACGUGCACUGUUUGAAGUUUCCUGCCCAGUGCUUGUUAUUGGAGCUGACCAUGACAUGCAGAAAAUGAUAGAAACGUAUGAAGAAAAACGGGACCAAAUACUAAACCCAUCCAACAGACAACACCAUUUAUAGGAGCCUGUGAUUGUUGUACCAAAUACUGUUUAUGAAGUCUGAUUUGGUAUUUUUAAUAUUUAAAUAUAACUAGUUUUGGUUUUGCACUAUGCUUUGUAGAAUGUUGUGGACUUAUGGCUAUGAAAUGUUCAGGUUCAAGUCAGGAACAGAAUAUAAACCAAUCCCUUUUUGUGUUUUUGGGUUCUCCAUCAGCUUUACUGUGUCAGAUCUCUUCAGCUAAAAUAUGGCUGUUUCCCCUAUUUCCCACUUCACUGCUGCUUCCUAGAAGUAACUUAAGUUUCUUCUUUAUUUUUCCCUAAAGACAACCCUGGUUUUGUAAUUUAAAAUAAAUGAUUUGUUACUACCUGCCUCUGAA